AUGAAAGACCAACGCGUUUCGCUUGCAGCACUCAGCUUGACCCUAAUCCUGGGUCUGGCUGUUGCCCUGCCGCAGGGCCGCCUGCUUGGCGGCGAGGAUGCUAAGGUGGCCGAGUUUCCCUAUGUGGCAUCGCUGCGCGUCAACAAGGUGCACGCAUGCCAGGCCAUCAUCAUAUCCCAGACUCAAUUGCUGACCGCCGCCCACUGUGUGUCCGAGUUGGGCGCCAAGCCCAUUUCGGCCGACAAGCUAACGGUUCGUGUUGGCAGCAUCAACGUUCUAGCCGGAGGCGAGCUAGUGGAUGUCAGCGCAGUGCUUAUCCAUCCCUCGUAUGGCAACUUUUUGCACGAUCUGGCAAUACUGACGCUCAGCAAGCCGUUAACAUUCAACGAGCGGGUUAACAAAAUCGAGCUGCCUGAGCCCCUGGAGGAGGGCGAAGUCGAGGAGGUGCCAGCCAACGGCACGCCCGUCUAUGUGACCGGCUGGGGCGAGCAGUCGGACGGCACCACCAACUACAAGCUCCAGAAGUCCAGCCUGAACACCUUGAGCAAGCCCCAUUGUGAGCUGCAGGCUGGCUAUGGCUACGAUUCCGUUCUGUGCCUGGCCAGAGCCGAAAAGGAGGGCAUCUGUCGCGGCGACGACGGCGGUGCUGUCGUCGAUGACAACCAAGUGUUGCAGGGCAUUGUCAGCUUCUUCUGGGGCAACUGCGGCACCAAAUACCCCGACAUAUCCACACGCAUCGCCUACUAUCUUAACUGGAUUGCAGCCAACCAGAAGUAAACUUAACCCAACUUUUCGUCAAUUAAUAUCAUUUUUUUGACAUUUUUUUACUGUGAGUGAAGUGUAAAAAAGAGAUAAAAGAA